UCAGUCAGUAGGAAACCGGAAGCGCGCGGAAGAGGAAAGUCUGGUCGAUCGAAAACAAGCUAAGUUAGCAACGGUCAUUUGAGCUAGUAAACGCGACGGUCUUUAAACGACACGUCUGACCUUUAUUUUAAUUUAUAAAAAUCACCACGGGAAACAGUCAGUCAACUAAUUGUCAUCGAUGAAUGUAGAUAUUAUUGAGCUUGAAAAACUAGCUUUAACUUUAUACAAACAGGUGGCUAGCUGAUUGUAAACAGUAAGAUAACUGCAGCUAACGACUAGCUAAAUUGGCAAACGUUAGUAAGACAACGUCCUGUAGCAUCCAUAUGCUAUUGUCAAGUAGCACCAGUUACAGAAAACAAACCCGAGAUUGGUGACCGAGAGUGAACGCCGCAUUCUAAAAGUUGGCUUUCACCCAAUUAACGCUGACGUUACAAACAGGUGGGGAUAAUGCACCACGUCAAGAUAAAGACUGAAAGGCCAGAUUCAGAGGGUGCUGGUGCACGCAGCCGAUUGGAUGAUGUGCUCAAGGGACUUGUGGAGAGGAGUGAAAGUGAAAAGGAACAAAAUGAAGGGGAUACUGGAAAAAUAUCAGCGGAUUCCUUAAACAAGGAUUUGUCUCCAUCAUCUGCUGGAAAAAGGCCGUCAGCUCGAUUCCCACAGCACCGGAGGAAGAAGCGAAAAGAGAUGGAUGAGGGCAUACCAGAAAGCAAUCAACACAAACAAAAUGCUUAUAUUAUUAAGUUGUUUGAUCGCAGCGUGGAUCUGGCUCAGUUCAACACCAGCACCCCACUGUAUCCUAUUUGCCGUGCUUGGAUGAGAAACAACCCAUCUGUUCGAGUGCCGCCUGCUUCCCCGAGCCCCCCCCACAGCAUGGUGGAGGACGAGAUGACAGACAUGAUGAAUGGUAAAGGCCAGAUUGUGUACAGACUGCCUCCUCCAACAGCCUGUCCUGUCAACUCAUCUGGUGAACCCAUCAACCUCAGGAUCCCACUGACUGAAAAACCCACUGUGACCAAGUUGACAGAUUCAGCUCCUGUAUCAGGUUCUCUCAUAUGUGACCACAUGGAGCGUUGGAAAAAGAUAAGGCACAAGUGGAAGGAAUGCUCUAACAAGAACCAGUUGAGAUACAGCGAGAGUAUCAAGGUCCUGAAGGAGAUGAAGGAGCUCUAUGAUCGCUAACUGCCUCGUACUGCAGCUCUCCACCAUAGAAUGGACUCUAUGCAAUUAAAAGGGAGCCACAGCGUAACAGUCCAUUUUUGAAUAAACACUUAUUCAAAGGAAAGCAUUAACAGAUCCCUCAGCCCUAUUAAGACUAUAUUGUACAUGACGG